GUUAGGUAGCAUUAAGUGCAGCCUGCCUUCUCCCGCAGGACUGCUGACCUUGCUGAUGACCUCUGUUGCUCUGCCGGUGCCUCCUGCUCCGGGCAGCCCGCUGUCAGACAGAGAGUAUCAGCUCUUCUUUGCCAGCCUGCGGCCACCCUGGAAGGCAGAUGCGUCCUGCCAGCUGCGCCAGGCACACGGCUGCCUCAGCCCCGCCGUCCUGCAGCUGGACCAGAAGGAGAACCAUGGCCGUGUCCCCAAAGGGCCAGUCUGCUCAGAAUUCCCAGAGGCGCUGUGGUUUCAGACCUUCUGCCAGUUUGCCCAGUACCGCUGCUUCAAACGCCAGUUCUACACCAAGCGAAUCCCAUGUCCGAGUUUGUCUCCUCCGAAAAACCUUCUCCCGACAGAGCAACCCCACACUGUGGGCUCCUGGGCGAGGGGCAAAAGCUUCCCUGCAGAAGAAGCUCCGGGUCAGGCUUCACCCUCACCUGCUGACACCCUGCUGCGCACCAGUGUGGACGCUCUCCUGAAGUACUCCUAUGCACUGUCAAAUCAGAAACCGCUGCCGAGGAAGUUCCCCCUGGCCGUGCCAGGGUUGCCGACACCCCCACAGGACAGGGUGCUGCCUGGGCUCCCACCCAUCCUGCCAGUCCCAGCUACUGCCCCUGCCUUCUUGCCCCCAAGGCUGAGAUCCCCUGCCCAGACAGAGGAACCCUGGAAGCAGCGCCUGCAGAACAGCGUCUGGCAGCUGAUCCACUUAGCCCUCUCUUUGGAGACGUCCCUGGACACGGAGGGCUCUUCUCUGGACUCCAGCAUCAAGUCAGAGCCAGGGAGCACAUCGGGCAGCACGGAGGAGGGGGUGCAGAAAACAGCCCACCGUGGCAGCCUUUUAGCCCUGAAGAAUGAUGAGGCAGUGAUGAUCCUGUGCUAUGCGAUGCUGGAGGGAAACUGUCUCUCAUCAGUGGUCACUGAGGCCUGGAAGGAGAUGGAAGAAAGAGUCCUUGGGUUCGGAGAUUUGGUGUGUGACAGCCUCGGGCGACGUCACCUGGACCUGUGCCCUGUCUGCGCUUUCUGCUCGCUGAAGAGGGAGCAGUGUCAGAACAUCAAAAACCUGAACCGCGUUCACUGCGAGUCGGGCAGUUUCACCACCUACAUCAACCCCCAGAUCUCAGCCCAGCACCAGGCUGCAGGCAACAAGACCACCCCCCUUGAGACCUCGGAGUACCACGGCGUGGAGGUUUUCAGAGGGCUGAGGAUGGAGUACUGGUGCAGCCAGAUGGCCAUCCGUGGCUGCCGUGACCCUCGUGUGGCCCUCUGGCUGAAGGCAGAAUACACUGCCUUCCAAGACAGAGAUGCCCCAAGCCAGAUCUGUGACUCGGGAGGAGUUCAGCACCCCAGCUACUGCGCGUUCAAGAGCCACCAGUGUCUCCAGCAGAGCCUCUACAACCAGAGGCACUUCACUGUGGCACCUGCUGGAACUCCUCCUGGAAACAUUUUCUCCAGCCAAAGUUUCGGCUGA